UGUAUUUUCCCGUAUAGAGUCUGCAAAGGGGCUAGGGGACUUCAAACCUACAUCAAAGAUAUAAGAAAUGUAUAUGUUUAUGUGUAGUGUUUAGUUUUAACAAUUUCGCUGCUAGCUGCGGAGUUCGCUGCGAAGUACAAAAUUUGCAGCCGCAAAACUGCGACGCUGAAAGUUGAGAAUUCGCUCAGAAAAGCAGAAAGAAAAAAUUCAUUCUCUGCAGACAUUUAAAACCAGACACAUCAGUUAUCGUUGUUUGGCUUGUUUUCUUUGUGUGAAUAAAAAAAAAAACAGAAAAUGUGUACCAUCUCAAAAUGAAGCUAAAAAAGUGACCAUUGUGUUAACGAAAGGAAUGAAAAUUAGCAGCUUCACGAAAUAUAGUAGAAUAAUAUUUAUAAUAAUAAAAGGAAAAACACCGAGUGAUUAUUGAAAGAAAAAGUAUACAAGUCUGCUUUGAAAAAUAUCGAAUGCGUAACGAAAAUUUGUAAAUUAAGCUGAUAUUUUUUUGAAAAAAAAGACUGCAAUACAGAAUGGUUGUUGGUUCACAUCACAGCCGCCGUAGUGAAACUGCUAGUAAAUACGGAAAUUCUUCAGCGGCUGCCACUGCCACAGGCACUACUAAUUCCACAUUGAGUAGUGUCACUGCCGCCAAACAAACACACUCAAUGUCUUCAAAUGGUCAUUAUAAUUCUCAUAAUGGCGGUUCUAAUAAUGGUUAUCUCCUGCCUCUCAGUGGUAUCAAUGGCUCCACAAACAGCAUUGUAUCACGUCUCUCACAAUCGACCGGGAUGACGCCAAAGGAAUUAUCUGAAAAUGACGAUUUAGCCACAUCAUUAAUUUUAGAUCCUCACUUGGGUUUUCAAACGCACAAAAUGAAUAUACGUUAUCGCCCUCUCAAGGUGGACACGGCCCAACUAAAAGCCAUUGUCGAUGAAUUUAUACAAACUCAAAAUUAUGAGGUGGCUGUUAAGAAAAUUUUCAGUGGACCAUGGCUGCCAAGGAGUUAUCGAAAUAAAAAUAAAAUGUCUAUUAAAAGACUGCAUGAUCAUAUUAUUCGUUAUUUAAGAGUUUUCGACAAGGAUAGUGGUUUUGUUAUAGAAGCCUGUUAUCGUUAUUCGCUGGAAGGUCAAAAGGGAGCCAAAAUAUGUGCCACAAAACGGUGGCAAAAGAAUGAUAAAAUCGAAUGUUUAGUGGGUUGCAUAGCCGAGCUUAGCGAAUCAGAGGAGGCUGCUCUAUUGCAUUCGGGUAAAAAUGAUUUUUCGGUUAUGUAUAGCUGUCGCAAAAAUUGUGCCCAACUGUGGUUGGGACCAGCAGCUUAUAUAAAUCAUGAUUGUCGUGCCAACUGCAAAUUUGUGGCCACCGGUAGAGAUACAGCCUGCGUUAAAGUAUUACGUGAUAUUGAGAUUGGUGAAGAAAUCACUUGUUUCUAUGGCGAGGAUUUUUUCGGUGAUGGAAAUUGUUAUUGUGAAUGUGAGACUUGCGAACGAAGAGGAACUGGAGCUUUUGCCGGUAAAAAUGGCAAUGGCCAAUUCGGAACAGAUCCAGCAUUAAGUUUGGGUCUUAAUGGGGCCUGCGUGGUGGGAGAUCCGAACGCCAGUGGUGGUUAUCGUUUAAGAGAAACCGAUAAUCGUAUCAAUCGCAUUAAAAGUCGAGCAAAUUCAACGAAUUCCACAAAUACCGAUCUCACAAAUGGGGCUUUAAGUGAUAACUCUUCAGGGAAUAUAAACAACACUGCGGCAAGUCUCAAUAACAAUAAUAAUAAUAUUAAUAAAAAAUUGGACGCUGGAUCGCCUGAAAGUGUUAAAAAACAUCCUUCAGUAGUUGUUACGCCAUUAACCAUGCAAGAAUUGCGCCAAAAAGGCAUGACAAAAUACGAUGCCGAAAUGAUUAUGGCCAAUACCAUGCAUCAUACACCCCAUCAUUUACACAAUACACAUCAUACUACUACCAACCAACAGCAGCCACCACAACCGCAACAUACGGGUCUAACAGAAAAUCAUGAAGUACUUUUAAAUCAAAGCAAAACACAAGAAAAUACAACGCGUAGUUAUCGAGAAUCGUUGAGAAAAUCUUCACGUGUUAAUAGUACAAGUAGUACAAUAUCUUCAGGGUCUACAGAGGACUUUGCCAGCUUGGCAAAUGUUAAUACAAGGGGAUCGUCCAACAAAGCCGCCACCGCAGAUGAGCCCAAAACUGGAGCAGCCACUACUAGUAUAACGUCUAGAAGGAAUCUACGAAAAGCUACAAAUCUCGUUACGUUGCAUAACAAACUGGAUAGUAAAACAACACGCUCAAACGCAGGUAUAACAACACGACAUACUCGUUCAACUGCGGCUGCAGCUCUUGGCUUGAAAUGUGAAAAUCUUUUAUCUAAUCUUCAGACAGCUGAGGAGAAUAUAAUUUCGGUCUCCGAAUCUGAAGCCGAACAAACUGAUGUAGAGUUAUCUGGGGACACGCCUGACUCUAAGCAUCCUGAACAGCUGAACAUUAAACAACAUGAUGAUGAUGAUACCUUGCAUUCCGAUGAAAACGAUCCCAAUAAAAAGCCCGAAAAACGCCUGACUCGUAAUGGAGUGAUAACAAACACAAAAUCAAGAGUCUCAAGACAUCAUCAAACUUCAGGAUCAUCAUCACUAAUAACAACAAGUACAUCAAGUGCUGGGACGACGACGACAACAUCAAGCCCAACAUCAUUGGAAGAAAAUCCUCAUCAUACCGUUGUAAAUUGUAAACAUGCAAAACCUUUAACACAUUUUAAUAUUAAGAAUACAAAUAAUGGUCAAACAGUAAAUCACAAUCUUCAUCAGCCUCAUGAACACCAUCAUCAUAACCAUAAUCAUAUUCAACAUGCUAAACGCAGUGAAACUGCAGCAGCAAAUGUAUCAUCAUCAUCAUUAGCAACAACAGCAAAUGUCCCUAUAAACUAUGAAAAUCUUAUUUCCAAGGGUGAGAAUAGGACUUGUAGUGGAAGUGGUAUUGGCUACGAGGACAAAAGCAGUGAGGAGACAACAUUUAAGCAUGAUUCGACUAUUGACAUGUUAGAAAAAAGCCAUAAUAUUAGUAAAUUGAUUAGUAGCCCUAGUUAUAAAAAGAAUUUGAUAGAAUCAUUUGAAGAAGUUGCCAAAGGCAAUAAUAUUCAUAAUAAUAAUAGUUGUAGCACUAAGAUUAGUAGUUUAACCGAAGAUUCGAACAAUAUUAUUGAAGAACCUCCUUUGCAACAACGUUUGAGACGUGCCACCGCCAUCGCUGGUCGUACUACUAGUUAUUCCCAAGAACCUGUGAUAUCAGACAAUUCUGCUACAGCUGGUAUAAUGUUGCGUAAACGUCAGCAUACAAAUAGUGAGGCCAGCAGUACUUGUAGUACAAGUACGAAUACUACCACUACCAGUACUGCAAGUACUUUUUGUAUGAAUACUACGAAUGCAUUAAAUACUGGCUCAAAUAUUCCCGCCGUCGUUGAACCCCUAUUAAAAACUCCCGAACGAAGGCUUAAGCUGACGCUGCGCAUGAAGAGAUCACCUAUUUUGGAUGAGGUCAUAGAGUCGGGUACUAGUUUGAGUGAUGAAAGUAGUAGUGUUACAGGCGGUUCGACUUGUAGUCGUUCCUCUUCGCAUUCCGAACCGGUAGAGUAUGAAAUCCUACGCAUGGAGGGUAUAACCGAAAACGGUUUAGAUUUCGAGGAAGAAAUGCCUCACAAACGGAAAAAGCGUCAUAAAUCAAAAGAACGUCAUCAUCAUCACCACCAUCGUAGGCACCACAGACGUAAUCUAUCCUCUAUAGAGGAGUUGGAACAGCGAAUUGAAAACGAAUUAUUAGAUGCCAAAGAAACGACUCCCCCGCCCCCCACUGCUGCGCCCAUAGUACAUACAUUGACGCCUCAAAAGAAACGCUUACGUUUAAUAUUUGGUAAUGAAACCCAUACCAUUGACAUUCCACCCACAACCGCAGCCACUAUGAACAAUGAAAGUCUGAUUGAUAAUUCGAUUAAUGAAUCAACAGCUUCGACUUCUUUAGAUACAUCCGCUAACACGACUUUGCAUAAUACUUCAGCAACAUCGGCGGCAUCAUCGUCGUCGGCGUCUACCUCAAUGGUAAAUAUUUCUUUAACCUCUUCCACAGAAGCUGCGGCCUCCGUUUCACCUCCUUUAUUGUCUUCAGCCUCAGUCUCUAAUUCCUCUUUUGCCUCGGCUUGCAGUGGAGGAUCACAAGCUAUUUUUGCAUUGGAUGAACCAUUAAGAGAACCCCUAAAUUUAUCUAUGAUGUCAUCAUCGCGUUCAGCCAGCCAAAAACUAGGGAAUACAUUUCAUGCUUUAAACGCUAAAUUUCCAUCUACAUCCCCAUCCUCAGCUGCUGCUGCUAUAAUGCACAACAACAUUUCUAACAGCUUAAACUCCACUGCUGCUACUUUAGCUACUGCCACAGCAGCCACUUCAAUAUUCUUAUCACAGGCUAUACCGAAACAUACUUUUGGGUCUUGUGCUCUAGUUGCCCCAUCAUUUGCUCGUAAUCUGGUAAAUAAUACUGUAGUGUCCGUAGUCAAUACUUCUCCACUACGUUUGCUUAAUAAUACCGCCACUACUACUAUUAACUCAAACUCCCCCCAUGCUGCCUCUUCAUUACCAAUAAGCCUGACCGCUACUGUUACCACCACAAAUACCAAUACAAAUACUUCGGCUACAAAAAAAAGUACUGAUCUCAUAACGCAUUGACCUUUGACUACAAAUUGUACAUCUUUAUUUACAUAAUAUUGUAUGUAAAUAUUAUCGAUAGCAUACUUACUUACACCUCCAAUGCUUUACGCUGUCCGGUCCAUUUCAAAAAGAUUGGAAUAAAAGUUAUUACCUACUGUAUUUUUAUAGGAAAAACCAGAGAUUGCCAUUUGGAAUUAAGAAACAAAACAAAAAUUCAAAAUCUUGUCUGCAAAAUAUUAACCCGAUAUUCCUCCUGCUUUACAGUGUUUAUUUUAACAAAAUAGCAAUGGCUUAAAGAAGUUUUGGUUUAACACAUUUUGUUUAUAUACAGCAGAGGUUCGAAUGAAUUAAUUCUUAAAUACAUUUUCGAAAUCAAAAUAAAUUUUCUCUCUUAACCAUUCCGUUAACGAAUUCAUUAUGAAUUAAAUCAUGGGCUUAAAUCCUCUAUACUUCAAAUGUAUUGAAUUCAGUUUCAAGUAAUUCAUUAUUGAAUCAUUCUAAUUUUCUUGAAUUUAAUGAAUUCUGUUAUGAAUUAAUUCAACGAUGAAACUAUUGAAAUAAAAACCUUUGAAUAAAGCUAAAAAAAUUAGAUAUUGGCAAUGGAUUUAUGGAAUUCCGAAUAGUGAAUUAUGCUCAAAGCGAAUUAAUUCGAAGCUUUGAUAUACAGUUAUGUGAUGGAAAUCGAUUUUGAAAACGAAUCGUUAUGAUACCGAAAAAAGUUUUGAUGAGUUUAUGGCUUUCGUUUUGUAUGUUGUUUAACUUUACAAUUUGAUACAUUUUCAUUCAUUUUAAUCACUGUAUUUAGUAAGAAAAUCUUAAAUUCUUAAAAAAUUCUUAAAAAUCAUACUUGAAAUCAAAUGAAAAUAUGGAUCGUUUUUAAACAGAUAGAUUUCCAUCACAUGAUAUAGAGAAAACAUUGAAGUCACAUACUUAUUACAAAAACCUCAUAUCAACCAAUAAUGAAAAUUCAAUUACCCAAAAUUGUAAACCAAACAGCAGUAAGAAAGAAGAUAUAAAAAAUAAUGCAUAAAUUUGUUAGUACAUAAUUGCUAUUAUGAAUAUAAUUGAAAGUUAUUUAAAUGUG